AUGGCCAAGACAAGCAUUGAUCUCAUCGACGAGGUCGACAUUUUCCCAUAUGUGGAGACAGACCCCAACGCAGUCACUGCAAUGAAUGCCGGACUCUAUACUUUAACAUGGGAAGAUGAUCAGGGCAUAUACCCAAUCGGCUACGUCCUUGAUCGUGUGGUAAAGGAGCUUCUUCAGGUGCCUGAAGAAAUCAGAGGAAAGAUGAAGUGCAAUGAAGAGGAGAGAACCAUCGCCUUGUUCCAAGAGUCUACUGAACAAGAGCGCACUCGCCGCGUUGCAGCUCUCGCCAACUACUGGCGUAAAAGGGGAACCUUCCCCCUUCUCCAUGGCUGGCGCAACGAGCUCUGGCCUGUCUAUGGACGUACUGGCGAGCUUCUAUUCAGUAUGGAACGAGCUGCAAUGGGGUUGAUCGGUACCAUGCGUUACGGCGUUCACAUGGUCGCGUAUGUCAAGGACGAUAAUGCACCUCAUGGAAUUCGUAUCUGGGUACCUACUCGUGCCAGGAACAAGUCGACUUUCCCUAGCAUGCUUGACAAUACUGUGGCAGGCGGUUUGAUGACUGGAGAGGACCCAUUUGAAUGCAUUGUACGAGAGGCUGACGAGGAGGCAAGUCUUCCCGAAGAGAUUGUCCGCAAGGGCGCUAAGUUUGUUGGCAACGUCACAUACAUAUACAUAACAGAUGAAGGGCAAGUUGGUGAGGGUGGCUUCAUUUACCCUGAGUGCCAAUGGGUAUAUCAUCUUGAGCUUUCUAACGAUGUGAUCCCGCAACCCAAGGACGGCGAAGCUGAGAGAUUUGACCUGUGCGACGUUGAGCAAGUCAAGGCAGAUCUAGUCAAAGGGCGUUUCAAGCCUAACUGUGCCCUCGUCACCCUCGAUUUCUUUAUUCGUUAUGGUAUCCUUACUGACGAAAACGAGCCUGAGAUUGAACAGAUCAAGCGGAGAGUGCGUCGCGAUAUCCCAUUCCCAGGUCCACAUCAAAGCAACUGGCGCCCACUAUGA